GGAAGCGCAGUGCGCAAGCGCAGUAUUCGGCUCUUCUCUCCCUAGCGCUACGGCCCAGCUCUCGCGGACAAGUCCCGACAUCGCUCGCCCUCCCCCUCCAGGACCGCCCCCUCCCCCCUCUCGGCGUCGUCGAAGAUAAACAAUAGUUGGCCGGCGAUCGCUGAGUGUGUCUCCCGCCGCCGGAUUCGGCGCGCUGCGUGGGACCAGCGGGAUCCGGGCCAGCGGGCCAUGGCGGGGUUGUACUCGCUGGGAGUGAGCGUCUUCUCCGACCAGGGCGGGAGGAAGUACAUGGAGGACGUUACUCAGAUCGUUGUGGAGCCUGAGCCGACAGCCGAAGAAAAGCUGUCUCCCUGGCGAUCGCCUCCGCAGCCGUCACCAGCGCCGCCGGCGCUCCCUGGCAGAGAAGUCUCGGGGAGAGGCCCAGCGGUGGCAACCCGGGAAACCUGCGAUCCUCCCCCGGACCCCGGGGCCUCGCCGGUUCCCAGCCGCUGCUGCCGCCGCCGGUCCUCUGUGGCAUUUUUCGCUGUGUGCGACGGACACGGAGGGCGGGAGGCGGCACAGUUUGCCAGGGAACACUUGUGGGGUUUUAUUAAGAAACAGAAGGGAUUCACCUCUUCGGAGCCGGCGAAGGUUUGCGCUGCCAUCCGCAAAGGCUUCCUUGCUUGUCAUCUCGCCAUGUGGAAGAAACUGGCAGAAUGGCCCAAGACUAUGACAGGUCUUCCCAGCACAUCAGGGACAACUGCCAGUGUGGUCAUCAUCCGGGGCAUGAAGAUGUAUGUAGCUCAUGUGGGUGACUCAGGGGUGGUUCUUGGAGUUCAAGAUGAUCCAAAGGAUGAUUUUGUCAGAGCUGUGGAGGUGACACAAGACCAUAAGCCAGAACUUCCCAAGGAAAGAGAACGAAUCGAAGGACUUGGUGGCAGUGUGAUGAACAAGUCUGGAGUGAAUCGUGUAGUCUGGAAACGACCUCGGCUGACUCACAAUGGACCUGUACGAAGGAGCACAGUUAUUGACCAGAUUCCUUUUCUGGCAGUAGCAAGAGCACUUGGUGAUUUGUGGAGCUAUGAUUUCUUCAGUGGUGAGUUUGUUGUGUCACCUGAACCAGACACAAGUGUCCACCAUCUUGACCCCCAGAAGCACAAAUAUAUUAUCUUGGGUAGUGAUGGACUUUGGAAUAUGAUUCCCCCUCAAGAUGCCAUUUCAAUGUGCCAAGACCAAGAGGAGAAAAAAUGCUUAAUGGGUGAGCAUGGACAAUCUUGUGCCAAAAUGCUUGUGAAUCGAGCACUAGGCCGCUGGAGGCAACGUAUGCUCCGAGCAGAUAAUACUAGUGCCAUAGUGAUCUGCAUCUCUCCAGGCGUAGACCUCCCAGGCAGUUUCACCAAUGAAGAUGAACUCUAUCUGAACCUGACUGAUAGUCCCUCCUAUAAUAGUCAAGAAACCUGUGUGAUGACUCCUUCCCCUUGUUCUACAUCACCAGUCAAGUCACUGGAGGAGGACCCAUGGCCAAGGCUGAACUCUAAGGACCAUAUACCUGCUCUUAUUCGUAGUAAUGCCUUCUCAGAGAAUUAUUUAGAUAUCCCAGCUGAGUUAGCUCGAGGGAAUGUCCAGCCUGUAGUCAUACCCUCAAAAGAGCCAGAGCCACUUGAGGAAAAUUGCACUAAAGCCCUGACUGUGAGGACACAUGAUUCUUUGAAUAAUAGUCUGUCAGUUGGCCUUGUGCCUACCAAUUCAACAAACACCAUCAUGGACCCAAAAAACGUAAAGAUGUCAACUCCUGGGCAGAUGAAAGCCCAAGAAGUUGAAAGAACACCCCCAGCAAACUUUAAGAGGACAUUGGAAGAAUCUAACUCUGGCCCCCUUAUGAAGAAGCACAGACGAAAUGGCUUGAGUCGCAGUAGUGGUGCGCAGCCUGCAAGCCUCCCCACGGCUUCUCAGCGAAAGAACUCUGUUAAACUGACCAUGCGCCGCAGACUGAGGGGCCAGAAGAAAAUGGGAAAUCCCCUAUUGCAUCAGCACAGGAAAACUGUUUGUGUUUGUUGAAAUGUAUCUGGGAAAUGACCCACCCUGACACGCACACUUAGGAUAUAAGAGGGCUUUUUUGAAGUUGGUGCAGAAGUUGAAUUUUUUUAAUGGGAGAAAAAAAAAAGAGUGCAUAGUUUCAUGUUUUGGAAUUCAACAGUUUUAUUCUAGCCUUGUACCUGCUUGUAUUAUAAAUGUGAAUUUUGUAGCUGUUGGAUAUAAGUUGCUGUAAAAUGUGUGUAAAUUUGUAUUCUUUCCAGAAACUCAGUCUCUGACUCUGAUACUCAGUAAUUGUGACAACAGGGCUAAAUGCUUAAAAAAAAAAAAAAAAAUCAAAAGACACUUAGAUUUUAGAGAUAUGUCUAAACUUUUUAAAAUGCUUAUUAUAAAAUUUGUAUACGCCACGUGAUGUAAUCUAGACAACUUUUUAAACUAAAUUAUUAAGCAAACUGGAAAAGUGAUGUAUUUUCAUAGUGACCUGUGUGUGCCACUUAAUGUUUCUUAGAGACUACUAAUGUCUUUUAAAAAAAGAUUUUUUAUUUCUAAUUUCAUAACUCAGAACUAACAUUUUCAUAGAAGCAGACGUGUUGAGUCGUGCUAACGUAGCUGGAUAUUAGUAUUAAAGUACUAUGCAGUAUCUCUAAUUUCAGUAGCAUUUUUCUAAAACAUUAAUCAUCAGAUCAACUCACCAAAACUCUUAUUUUGCAGUAAAAGGAGGUGUGCUUGCCUAAAAAAAACAAAAUACCCUUCUCAAUCAUCCCAGACAUUCAGUGACAUUGUUAGAUCCUAAGGUAGUUACCCCCUUCUAGUGUUUGGCUUAAAAUAUGUGAAGUUUUUCUUGCUAUUUCAAUAACAGAUGGUGCUGCUAAUUCCCAACAUUUCUUAAAUUAUUUUAUAUCGUACAGUUUUAUUGAUUAUAUGGAUAUAUGUUUGUUCAUCUAAUAAAUCAGUGAACUGUUCUUGUGUUGCUG